AUGGUGGCUUUCGAGACGCUCGGUGAAGAAAAGCUGAGCGAUGUCUUUCUCACACUUCAGGCAGUCAUGCGCCUGGUUCUUGAGCAUCAUGGCGGCAACGGCUUCAAGCUGCCGCAUCUCCACAAGGACGCCAUGAAACGAGCUGGCACUCUCAUGGAAAACGUGUCCUGCCCUGUGUCAGUUCUCUUUGCUGCCCACCGCUUCCUCCAACAGUAG